AUGACAGACGCAGAAGCUGACGAUGAAAUCUAUGUCGUGGAGCGGAUCCUCAAGCAUCAUAAGAAGCGCAAUCAACCUGGGUUAAAAUAUCUUAUUCGUUGGAAAGGCUACUCGUCCGAUAACGACACAUGGGAAGAUGAAGAAAACAUCUUGGAUCCUGAGAUCACAGACAAUUAUUGGAAGACGCGUGGUGGAGAGGAAGAACGCAUUUUACAAUCUGCCAUUGGAACAAAACAACCUCAUAUGGUUCUCGAUCACGAAAAGAAACGGGAUGAAACUGGAUUCAGAUACUUUAUGCGAUGGAAGGGACAUCCAGCCAGGGCGGAUAGUUGGGUUGAUGAGAAGCUGCUUGAUUCCAAAUACAUUGACGACUAUUGGGAGAAGCGUGGUGGAAAGCAACAAGCUCUUGCAAGUGAUUCACAUCCUGGAAAGAGGAAAAUGGAUACGAAGGAAGCACCCCAUCACAGAAUGUCUAGAAGGAAAAGCAACAAUGAUGAGCCAUUGCUGAUGUUGGAUGUAACGCACAAUGUCCGUAAGCACAAACAUCGCCAUAAAGUGACACAACAAACGCCAACAAGCAAAUCGAUAUCGACUCCUCCAUCAUCACCACCAUCGAUCUUGAAACAACAUACUCCAACAACCAAAUCCAUAUCGACUCCAUCAUCUCCAUCAUCACCACCAUCAACUGCUUCUGAAUCACCACCGAUCAUGAAACAGAAAACUUCAACAAGCAAUUCCAAAUCGACUUCAUCCUCAUCAGCUGCUUCCAAACAACCAUCGCAACCGAAGUCUAUAUUGAAGAAACGCAUCAGCAGGAGGGAUUUGGCAUCAAUAACAAGCGACUUGUCAACAUUUGAUUUUGAUGCCUUGACGCUUUCACCAACACCGUCAUCAUCAACCACCCGACAACAGAAACCAUCAUCAACACCAUCAUCACCACCAUCACCAUCAUCAUCACAUCCUCAGCAAGUGCCAUAUGUAUCCUUCUCAGAACCUGUACAAGAUCCAACACCAUCAUCAUCCUCCAGUCAAACUCCUGAACCAGAAGCAUUGGUGCCACGAGUAAAGCGCACGGUGGAAUUCAUAACGCCAACGUCAGCUUUAGUAUCACCAAAGAAUGAUACGAGUCGUCAUCAUCACACACCAUCCUCUUUUCCUCUUUCACUCAAUCAGUCACUACAGCAACAUGCAGAGCGAACAAUACAAUCGGAUUUAUUCAAGGGACAAGAAAUUAUCUUUGAUCUCGAUUUCAGGAGUGAAUUGUCAUACGAUUGGGAAAAUGAAAUCAAGUGCGUGGAGACAGUGAUAAAAAAUGGAGCUUCACUUUAUGCUAUUGUGCGAUGGAAGGACAAUGCAUUGGCCAUGUAUCCAACUCAGCUCAUCCAACGAAGAUGCCAUAUGAAGCUGAUUGCAUUCUACGAAAGGAUACUUGAAGUCUAG